AUGUUGCGGCGCCGUCCCGGCGACGGGUGGCGAUCCGCUCAUCAGAAUAGGUUAUUACUCGCAUUCGCCAUCAUUCUUAUCCCGUGGCUUCAGCUUGCCGAUGCCCAGCAGCAACCGCAGCAGCAGCAUCAGCAGCAUCAACCUCAAGCCGUCCACUCGGGCUCGCCGCACGCGAACCACGAUAUACACAACGACAGGGUAUCCGUCGAUGAUUCUGCCCGCUGGGCCGCCUCGUCCAUCGAUGCCGUAACCAGUCAGGCGAGCAAGGCCACCGGCGCCCCCAACAAGCCCCGGUACACUGCCCGAAGCUCCAGCCGACAAAACCAUAAACGUCACAUCAUCAUACCCGACGAUGAGAGCGCCAUUGCAACUUUAGCUCCGGCCGAGCCCGUCCGAGCACCAAGACCCCCCAGCGAUCUUCGACCUCGUAGCAUCCCAGCUUCGGGGCUGACAGCGCCGCAGAAUGCGCGGAACCUGGAGGAUUGGGAAGUGGAAGACUUUGUUCUUCUGGCGACCGUCGAUGGAGAUUUGUACGCCAGCGACCGCAACACCGGUAAACAGCGCUGGCACCUCGAAGUCGAUCUACCCAUGGUCGAGACCAAACACUACCGCCUCAACAACUCCAUCCUCGACGACGACUACACUCCCGUUGACCACUAUCUCUGGGUCGUCGAGCCCAAUUCCAAUGGUGGCAUAUUCAUCUGGCGACCCGACCCCGAAGCGGGUCUCGUCAAGACGGGCUUCACCAUGAAGAGCCUCGUUGAGCAGCUCUCCCCGUAUACGGAUCUCGAGGGCGGUAUUGUCUACACAGGCGACAAAAAGACUACCAUGGUGACUCUCGACGCCGCCACCGGCCGAGUCCUCAAGUGGUUUGGAUCCAGUGGCUCCCACGUCAACACCGACGACUUUUGCCGACAAGCCAACACCUUUGACGAUCGCGACAAUGAAGAAUGUCUCACGACCGGAACCAUCACCUUGGGCAGAACGGAGUACUCUGUCGGCAUUCAAGGCUCUGACGGCCGCCCCAUUGCCACCCUGAAAUACUCCGAAUGGGGUCCCAACACCUUUGACAGUGAUCUCUACCUGCAAUAUCACAGUUCUCUUGACAAUCGAUACAUGACGAGCCAGCACAACGGCAAAGUCUAUGCGUUCGACCAGUCAAACAAGGACAAGCCGAUACCUCUCUUCUCCGACAAGUUUGCCGCUCCCGUCGCCAGUGUGUUUGACGUUUGCCGACCCUGGGAUGCUGUCACUGGCAGCAACCCGCAGCUUGUUGUCCUACCUCAGCCGCCAAUGCCAGCUCGCGACAAAAAUGAGAAGCAGAUGCGCAUGAACAGUAUAUUCUUGAAUCAGACUGAGACGGGCAGCUGGUAUGCCAUGUCUGGACAAGCAUACCCGCUCAUUACCAGCGCACCUCUCGCCCAGAUUGCAAGCCCGGAUUGGUGGGAUAUGCUUCCAUCCUCGGAUACCAUUAGCCAAUCUCGCAUCAGCAAGGCGCUCGUCGGUACCCAUUUCUUGGAGUCGAUCCGGCGAGAUAACAACCAAUUCCGGAGCUUGCCCGGCAAGUCCAAUGACGAAGUUGUCCAGCGACCCGAAAACAACCCUGCAUUGCGAGAUGAGGCAGCCGCCAUCACUGAGGAACCUACUAUUAUUACCAAGGUCAAAUCUCUCCCUCAAAGCGCGGCAAACAGUGUUUACGACUUCGUGAGCAACCCGAUUCUCAUCAUUCUCUUCUUUGCUGCCAUUGUAUACAAUCAGAAGAAGCUUCGUCGCUCAUAUCACAGACUUCGUUCCAAAGGCCAUAAGGGCUUGGUUGAGGAAGUCCAGACACUCUUAUUCUCGGAGACUCUUCCAGAAGAUAAGCAAGAUCAUAGCGCCAGAGAAGUGAAGAGUGAAAUCGUCAAGGACGACCAAGCUACCGACAUUGGCAAGAAGGAUGAUGCCGAGUCCAAAUCAACUCAAAAAGACAUAACCCCAGCCGAUAAAGAUGCCAAAGCCUCUGUUCCCGCCAGCCCCGAGGACAAAGGCAUUAGCUCGCCAGACAGACAAAAAACGCCCAAGCCAGAAGAUGACGACAGGGAAAAGGCUUCUAGCGAGGAGGCUAACGGGGAUGGGCCCGAAACUCCAUUCAAAGGGAAGAAGAAGGCUCACCGUGGCCGACGUGGCGGAGUUAAGCACCGUCCCAAGAAGCAGCGUGAAGGCUCGCAGUCUCGUGAUGAUGAACCCGCCGCCUCAACUGUUGAGGAGGCUGUCAAGAAUGCCAAGCGUCUUGGAGAUAAGCCCAGCCUUCAACCUGAUGUCAUGACCGUUAAUAACGACAUGAGCGCCGUCACCAACCCUAUUGUGCGCAUGGGCAAUAUCGAAGUGGACACCGAGGUUCAGCUCGGCACGGGAAGCAACGGCACCCUCGUCUUUGCGGGACGCUUUGAUGGCCGCGACGUCGCGGUGAAGCGCAUGCUGAUUCAUUUCUACGACAUUGCCUCGCAAGAAACCAGAUUGCUACGCGAAAGUGAUGAUCAUCCCAAUGUCAUCCGAUACUAUUCACAGCAGGAGCAAGACGGCUUCUUGUACAUUGCGCUGGAGCGAUGUGCGGCAUCGCUGGCCGAUGUCGUGGAGAGACCUCAUGCCCACCGAGAGCUGGCCACUGCAGGCAGGAUGGAUCUCCCUGGUGUGUUGUAUCAAAUUACCAAUGGCAUCAGCCACCUGCAUAAUCUGCGGAUUGUACACCGUGAUUUGAAGCCCCAAAAUAUCCUUGUCAACAUGAUGAAGGAUGGCAAAGCCAGACUCUUGGUGUCUGAUUUCGGUCUGUGCAAGAAGCUUGAGGGAGGUCAGUCAUCUUUCGGAGCUACUACUGGCCGCGCCGCCGGAACGUCGGGCUGGCGUGCGCCAGAGCUGCUGCUGGAUGAUGAUGCACGCGACAUUUCCAUGGUCGACGCCAGCACACAUAGCGGCUCUGGCUCGGUUCUUGUGAAUGACGGUCUCAUGCCAGGCAGCCGUCGCGCGACUCGUGCCAUUGACAUUUUCUCUCUUGGGCUGGUGUUCUUUUAUGUUCUGACUAACGGCUCGCAUCCUUUCGACUGUGGCGAUCGAUACAUGAGAGAGGUUAAUAUUCGAAAGGGUGAAUAUAGCUUGAACCUGCUCGAUUCGCUGGGCGAUUUUGCUUCCGAGGCCAAGGACUUGAUUGGGUCCAUGUUGGACGCGGAUCCCAAGCGGCGUCCGCCCGCGCGCGAGGUCAUGGCACAUCCGUUCUUCUGGUCAGCUAGGAAGCGACUGGCGUUUCUAUGUGAUGUGUCGGACCACUUCGAAAAGGAGCCGAGGGAUCCCCCCUCGCCUGCUCUCCAGGAGCUUGAGCGCCACGCGCCCGAGGUAACCCGGGGCGAUUUCCUAAAGCACCUGCCGCGCGAAUUCGUCGACUCGCUCGGCAAACAGCGAAAGUACACGGGCUCUCGUCUACUGGAUCUGCUGCGCGCCCUGCGCAACAAGCGUAAUCACUACGAGGACAUGUCGGACAGCCUGCAGCGUACCGUUGGGCCGCUGCCGGAUGGCUACCUGAGCUUUUGGACGACGAGGUUUCCUGUGCUACUGCUGGCGUGCUGGAAUGUGGUUUACAAUGUGCGGUGGGAGGAAACAGACCGUUUCAGGGACUACUAUGAGCCGGCGGGUCUGUAG